GUAACUUUUUCGUCCGAAAUCCAAGAAGCACGAACGUGAGAAACGCAGUUUCUCGAGCGGAGAGGAAAAACGUAUCCUUUCGUCCUUUUCGAGAAAGCCAACCAAUCUGAAAUUGAUCGUCACGUCGAAGCAACCAUACAAUCGAUCGCUCGGAUUCUCGUCAAUCUUGCCGAUCUUCGAUACGGUGAGAUUCGAUGGCGGCCAACGUCAGAUAAGAAUCCCAUCGCAACCUGCGAACCGAACUGUGUGCUUGGCCAAACUCUAUUUCUAAUUGUAUUCACCGAACAAUGGCGUUUGAAAAUUCACCUAGACAUUUGGUACCAAGAUUGAUUUAAAGAGGGAGAGAGAGAGAGAGAGAGACGACAACGUCAGAUAACCUCGAAUAGCGAAACGGCGCGAAAACAGAAGGAAUCGCCGCCGACGAUAAUCUGUGAAUUUUAAUGUGAUGAAUGGUGAAACAUCGAACUAAAUUGACGCCCGACGGUGCUUCAGGACGUCGACCCGACGACUCGUGCGACAUCCUCUGUCCCGAAUAGUUCCGCCAUUUUUAAAAGGAGCUCGAUCAGCCGUUCGCCGCGGCACGCGAUCGCAGUGACUACGUCGUUCUGUUGACGGGCGAGGGACGUGGGGGAGCAAAGGAAGAGGCAGUAAAGUGCGCGGCGAGGUAACGAGAAGUAGUUGGAGCGGCGGUGGUCGUUCAUCGCGAAUUCAGUGGCUACGUAGUGCCGAUCGUCGGCGAGUACGUAGGAGAGGAUCGUCCCUAGCGCACUCGAGCUCGGCCAGGGUGAAUGUCAUUGGGGUGAGAGGCGACAGACUGAGCCCGAGAGAGUGAAGAAGCACUCGUCGUCGUCGUCGUCGAGUUAUCUGCGACGGUGAUUUGCGCGGUUCCACCAGUUCCGAUCGCGGUGUAGCGAGUUGCCCCGCGCGCUCGCCGCAGCCAGAGGAUGUCGAGCGUGCCGCAAAUGUCGAGCAGCGGGCUCAGCAAGCUGAAAAAGAAACACUUUCGGGUGAAGCAUCAGAAGGUUAAGCUGUUCCGCGCGAACGAGCCGUUACUCAGCGUGUUUAUGUGGGGUGUUAAUCAUACGAUAAACGAACUUAGUCACGUUAACAUUCCAGUAAUGCUCUUGCCGGAUGAUUUUAGAGCUUACAGCAAGUUAAAAGUGGAUAAUCAUCUCUUCAACAAAGAGAACAUGCCAUCCCACUUUAAGAUCAAAGAAUAUUGUCCGUUAGUCUUUAGGAAUUUGCGAGAGAGGUUCGGCAUAGACGAUCUGGAUUACAAGGAGUCGAUGACGAGAUGUCGGGCGUUUAAUCCGUCGCGAGCGAAGCAACGCUCGGAUUUGGUGUCCGUCUGCGGAAGGACUCGUCAGUUGGUUCAGCGCUCCGCUACCACCCCGUCGAUCGCCCUUUCCUCUCCUUCUGUCUCCUCGCAAAUUCCGAUUCUAAACAAACCGCUGCGUACCUACGGUUUUAAGCCAAAACGCCUGAGAUCGCAGCCGGUGCUCGACGAUUCAUCUGGAAAGAGCGGCGCGAAGUUCUAUCAGUCCUACGACAAACUGUUCAUUAUCAAGACUCUCACGAGCGAGGAAGUGGAGAGAAUGCAUUCGUUCUUGAAGCAUUAUCACCCUUACAUUGUCGAGCGACACGGAAAGACACUGUUACCGCAGUAUCUAGGCAUGUAUCGAUUAACCGUCGACGGUGUUGAGCAUUACGUGGUCGCCAUAAGGAACGUAUUUUCAAAUCACUUAACUACACACAAGAAAUUUGACUUGAAAGGUUCGACGGUGGAUCGAGAAGCAUCCGACAAGGAGAAGGAGAAAGAUCUUCCUACUUAUAAAGAUAACGAUUUCGUCAAAGAGGGCAUGAAAAUCUAUAUUGGAGAAGAGGCCAAAGCUAAGCUAAUAGAAACCCUAACCGCCGACGUAGAAUUUCUGACGAGAUUACAUCUGAUGGACUACUCCUUGCUUCUUGGUCUACACGAUUGCGCACGCGCUGAGCAAGAGAGUAGAGAACGUGCGGAAAGAGAGGAGGACGAGGAUAAUCACGAAGAGGAGGAUGAUAGUGAGUCCGGCAGCGGACUGGAGUCCCGAGGCCCAGCGGGAGAUCGUCUGUGGGGUUGGGGCGGUGUCGGUGCAGUCACCAGCAUGGCAACGCCUCCCGAAUCGCCGCACGCUGCGUUGAUGCGUGACACCAGUUUACAAUACGAAGACGCGAUCAUACCCGAACUAGACAUAUACGCUAUUCCUAGUAAAGAAGGAGCUCCCACAAAGGAGAUCUACUUCUUGGCCAUAAUAGACGUGCUGACACAUUACGGUGUGCGUAAGCAGGCAGCGAAAGCGGCCAAGACAGUGAAGUACGGUGCUAAUGUCGACGGUAUAUCCACCUGUGAUCCAGAACAAUACGGCAAACGAUUCAUAGAGUUCAUGAGUAAAGCCAUAGAGUAAACGGGCUUCGAUCCGGACAUGGUGUGCGGAAAUUGAGCGAAUUUUACGACGAUAUUACCGCUUGUGUGUAUUGUCGGAGUGAAAUCGAGUUGGAAACAAAGGAAAAAGGAAAAAAAGAAGGAAAGAGCGCAACUUGCACUUGCAGAGUCUACGGGGAUGCACAAUCGUUUCGCUGUCUCCGAGGAUUCGGCGAUUAAACUUCGACACUGUCUGACGCUGGCACGGGUAUUCUUCCUAAAUAACACUUUCAUCAACACGCGAUCGGCUCUAGAAGUUGUACACCGAAGUCGCUUCUUUCACACGCCUCCUCUUGACAAUACGCGCGCGUCUUUCGCCGGUAUCUUUUUGGUCGAAGAUGGUUCAUUAUAUUUUCUGCACGAGCGACACAAGAGAUUUUCAUAUUCUCGAUAUUAUUAAUUGACUAAUUCCAACGUCGCCUCGUACAGUCUCGAUCGUCGUAUGUACGUCGUGCAGGGUAAUGAUCGCACGUCACAUAUGAUCAAUCUCUCUCUCUCUUUCUCAGGUGUGAACCGUAAAGUCCCUCUUUUACACGCUCCUCGAGAUUGAAUGUACAAUUGUGCAUGUAACAUAUACAUAUACACGAUGUCGCGACUGUGUAAGGCGAUUUGUACACCUCCUCUUUUCUCUGUCCUCCCGUCUUGGUUUUUUUUCUUUUUUACCCCGCUUACACAUGCACACAUUUUCGAAUGCAACGAUACUCGGCGACUUAUGAACCCAGCGAAAGUCACAAUCCCAUUGUAUCACACGCGAAUUACGAGCAGAACUGGCGAUACUAUCAGCGAAUUAGACGGAAUUCUAAACCGCGCACAAUGCUUCUUUUUUCUCUCUUUACCGAUAUAUCAGUAGCCGUAAUAUCUCGUGAAAAUAAGUCGAGACUAAAAACAGCGAUCGUUAUUCGGCAGAUCGACGAGCAAGAGUCAAAUGCGUACUGUAGGUUUCAGAAAAAAAAAAAAAAAAAAAAAAAACAGAUACUUAACUCGAUGUUACCGUUGCAAUAAAUUUCGAUCGAACAUGGGAUUUCGAUGGCCGCGAAAACAAAUGGCGUUUGUUGAGCGUAGAAUUUUUUAAUCUUAUGAUGUUUUAAUCGUAUGUUGCGAAACGUAAUACUGAAGACUCUACGAAUGUCUCCACUUGAUCAAUACAGUCACACGAAAGCGACUUUUCGCGCGCUGAGGGCAGUGUACGUGUUACAUAAUACACACAACAUACACAUAUUCACACACAAGCACAGACAAACACGCGACGUGUAUGUAAUACAAAAGCCACGAAUAAAUGUUACACUCUGUAGACGUCUGGACUGAUUCGGUUAUAUAUAACGUAUUACUAUGAAUCGAUGUGAUGUGCUUUGCGGACGACAAUUUGGUUACACUGCGCGAUAGGAAGAAAGUUCAGCUAAUUCUGUAGAGAAACGAUGCUCGGAGUUUCUGUGAAUGGUACUGGGCAGGAUACAUAUCUCUUUGAUAUUAAUUACACGUCCGCGCACGAACGGUUACUCAUCCGAUUUCUCGCUAUAGACACAACCGCGGUGUUCUUCUUUCUCUCAGAAAAGAAUGUUAACAGAAAAAAGAGAGAUAUAUACCGUUCUUCCUCCGAAAAAAGAAAAAGAAAAGAGAUACAACACAGGCACUCUGCAAAUCUCCUCUUGCACAAUGAUAUAUACAUAGAUAUUGUUUACCGAGGAUUUACUGCGUGAGGACGUAUCGUGUCUCUAGCUUAAUUUCACGUUAUCAGCGUGACGAGAACUACGAUUAGCAUGAGACGAGUUGGCGAGAGAGAGAGAGAGGGUUCUUCUAGCGACACGAAUGUCGGACGAUUUGUGUCGUAUGGAGGAAAAAUGAGAAUGCAGAGCGUUGCGUAAGACAAUAUCUUUAAAUAAUCUAAUAAUACACUUUUAUAAUUUGUUAGAGCCGAACAUAAUAUAAUAACUAAUUAUUCUAAUGAUUAAUAUAUUCAUCUAGUCUUGA